GACGAAUUGUUCAAAAAGACCGUGACAGAAGUUGCAAAUAAUGUCAUCACCGAAUUUGUUACAUGUGUUGGUGAUCCGAUGCUACUUUCCAGAGAUGCAGCAAUGCAAUUCUGUACCGAUACCGUCUUUCUCAAGGAUGCUUUCGAGGAUUUGCGAACCGGAAAUGUGAGUCAGUUGUCCAAGUUGGAGGAGGAACUCAAGCAUGCGAUAAAAAAAAGUUGA